AUGUCGGACGACAAACAAACUGGUAAUUUACUCGAACAAGUUCGUAAAGUAACAACGGUAGUAGCUGAUAGUGGUGAUUUUGAAACAUUGAAAAAAUAUAAGCCGACUGAUGCAACAACAAAUCCGUCGCUAAUUUUACAAGCAGCUGGAAUGUCACAAUAUGAUCAUUUUAUUGAUGAAGCAAUUAAUAUGUGCAUGGAAAAACAGAAUAAAACACAAGAUAAUAAACCGAAUUGUGAUCAAGCUCUAAUUGAUGAUAUAAUGGAUCAUUUAUUUGUUGUAUUUGGUCGAGAAAUAUUAAAAGUGGUACCAGGACGAGUAUCAACCGAAGUAGAUGCACGUUUAUCAUUUGAUAAACAAGGACAAAUAAAUAAAGCUCGACAUUUAAUUGGAUUGUAUGAAAAAAUGGGUAUAGAUAAAAAACGAAUAUUAAUUAAAUUAUCAUCCACAUGGGAAGGUAUACAAGCAGCAAAUGAAUUAGAAAAACAGCAUGGUAUUCAUUGUAAUAUGACAUUGAUAUUUUCCUUUGCUCAAGCGUUAGCUUGUGCAGAUUCAAAUGUCACUUUAAUAUCACCAUUUGUUGGUCGUAUCUAUGAUUGGUAUAUUGAAAAACACGGUAAAAAAGAAUAUGGUAUUGAAGAAGAUCCGGGUGUUCAAAGUGUAACAAAAAUCUUUAACUAUUAUAAAAAAUAUGAUAUCAAAACAGUGGUUAUGGGUGCAUCAUUUCGUAAUGUUAAACAAAUAAUUGGUUUAAAUGGAUGUGAUUUAUUAACAAUAAGUCCGAAACUAUUGGAAGAAAUGGAAAAAUCAACGGAUCAAGUUAAACUUUAUUUAAAUAAAGAUCAAGCUAAACAGUUGAAUGAUAUUGAACAUGUGGAUAAACUCGAUGAAAUAAAAUUUCGUUGGAUGAUGAAUGAAGAUGAAAUGGCUAAUGAUAAAUUAGCUGAUGGUAUUCGUAAAUUUGCUGCUGAUGCUAAAAAAUUAGAAGAUCUGAUCCGAAAACGUUUAGAAAAACAAAAAAAAUAA